GCGGCCUGAAGAGGGUGGCCGGGGCUCGGCCGUGGGCUCUAACGCGGGGCUGGGGGUCGGAGACAGACUUCACCCAGGUGACAGGUAGUAGGGGCGGCGCCGCUGGACCUCUUGGGGUGUAAGACCCGCUUGCUGCUGCCCCCGUACCUUGCCGCCACACCAGCCCUGUCCUGGGGCGGAACCGAAGGAAGGUCAGGCCCGGCUGCCCCGCCCCGUCCUUCCUCCUUCCCGGGCGGUCACUGUGCGUGGCUCACUUUUAGAGUUUACUACAGCCACGUGGAGCUUCCAUGGCGGCCUCUCAGGUCCUGGGGGAGAAGAUUAACAUCCUGUCGGGAGAGACUGUCAAGGCUGGGGACAGGGAACCGCUGGGGAACGACUGUCCCGAGCAAGAUAGGCUCCCCCAGCGCUCCUGGAGGCAGAAGUGCGCCUCCUACGUGUUGGCCCUGAGGCCCUGGAGCUUCAGUGCCUCACUCACACCGGUGGCCCUGGGCAGUGCCCUUGCCUACAGAUCCCACGGUGUCCUGGAUCCCAGGCUCUUGGUGGGUUGUGCCGUGGCUGUCCUGGCUGUGCACGGGGCCGGUAAUUUGGUCAACACUUACUAUGACUUUUCCAAGGGCAUUGACCACAAAAAGAGUGAUGACAGGACACUUGUGGACCGAAUCUUGGAGCCCCAGGAUGUCGUCCGGUUCGGAGUCUUCCUCUACACGCUGGGCUGCGUCUGUGCCGCUUGCCUCUACUGCCUAUCCCCUCUGAAACUGGAACACUUGGCUCUCAUCUACUUUGGAGGCCUGUCUGGCUCCUUUCUCUACACAGGAGGAAUUGGAUUCAAAUACGUGGCUCUGGGAGACCUCAUCAUCCUCAUCACUUUUGGCCCGCUGGCUGUGAUGUUCGCCUACGCCAUCCAGGUGGGGUCCCUGGCCAUCUUCCCACUGGUCUAUGCCAUCCCCCUUGCCCUUAGCACCGAGGCCAUUCUCCAUUCCAACAACACCAGGGACAUGGAGUCCGACCGGGAGGCUGGCAUUGUCACCCUGGCCAUCCUCAUCGGCCCCACGUUCUCCUAUAUUCUCUACAACACGCUGCUCUUCCUGCCCUACCUGGUCUUCAGCAUCCUGGCCACACACUGCACCAUCAGCCUGGCGCUCCCCCUGCUCACCAUUCCCAUGGCCUUCUCCCUUGAGAGACAGUUCCGAAGCCAGGCCUUCAACAAACUGCCCCAGAGGACUGCCAAGCUCAACCUCCUGCUGGGACUUUUCUACGUCUUUGGCAUCAUUCUGGCACCAGCAGGCAGUCUUCCCAAACUUUAAGGGGACAAGUAGCUCCCCCCACGACAUGUCUCCUUUUCUUAGAAUAUAUUAAAGUCAGAGUGUCUGAGGAAGGAACGUGAUUUGGCAGUCAGGGUACUAAGCAUGGGUGGGAACUCCUGCCUUUUAAAAAUUGUUUUUGUGUUCUUAAAGUUAAUAUGUUGUUUUUCUCUCUCUCUCUUUUUUUUUUCUUCAUUUUAUGGGGAAUUUAAAAA